AUGGGUCCAUAUUCUGAGGCUCACGCCAACCCCCAAGGUGCUGGAGAUGCUCGACCAACAGCCCUGCAAAUGAUUCGUGAUGAGUCCCUCGAAGGCAAACUCGUUGACAAAGUGAUAGUCAUCACAGGUGCGACCUCAGGAAUUGGUCUUGAAACUGCCAGAGCAUUGUCUGUGACUGGGGCAACAAUGUUCUUGACCGCCCGGGACAUUAAGAUGGCAGAGAAUUCUCUGACAGGAAUUCUAGAGCCAGGUCGCGUUUCGUUGGUGGAAAUGGACAAUGCCUCUUUCACUAGCGUUCGAAAAGCAGCUGUAACCAUUCUCGCAGAAUCCAGAAACCGAGUCAAUAUUCUUGUUGCGAACGCUGGUGUAAUGGGGAUCCAAGAUCUCAAGCUCACGGAGGAUGGUUAUGAGAUUCACUUUGCCACAAAUCACCUGGGCCAUUUCCUCCUGUUUCAACUCCUCAAGUCUGCCUUGCUCGAAAGCUCGACCAACAAUUUUCGCUCCAGAGUCGUCCUAGUUGCGUCAUCAGCUCACCGGGCUUUGAUUCUCAACGAAAGUGACAACUACAACUUUGUAAAGGGAGGUUAUCAUUACGGAUUGGCCUACGCAAACUCGAAGCUGGCCAACGUGUACAUGGCUAACGAGCUUGAUCGUCGAUAUGGCCUCAAGGGGCUGCAUGCAACAAGCCUCAAUCCUGGUGGAAUCGCCACGAACAUAUCUAGAUAUGUGGGUAGAGAGUUUGUCGACCAGCUUAUGAGUAACGAGAAGUUAGUGAAGUUCUUCAAAAGUCCAGAGCAAGGAGCUGCUACGACUGUUGUUGCUGCUGUUGGGAAAGAGUGGGAAGAUAAGGGAGGUAAAUAUCUGGAGGAUUGCGAAGAAGCCGAACGUGGUGAAGAUGAUAACGAUGUUUUUGGUGUUGGAUGGGUUCGCCAGACUUAUGACCAGGAGAAUGAAGGACGUCUGUGGAAGGACUCACUGAAGAUGGUUGGAGUAGAUGAGGACAUGUAAUGGUGAUAAAUCCCUAAG